CCCUUCCUCUGCAAAUCCUACCACCAGACCUGAUAAUACAUGUGCUCUCCUCGGCGCCCUCCACUGUCCUCUCUCACCACCACCAGCCGCCGCCCCUCGACCGAAUGAGAUCUGAAUCUAGCAUGAAAGUAGAAACCAUGAAGGCAAGAACAUCCCAGCCAUCAGCCACCGUUGCCUUCUCCAAUUCCUUCCUUCUGGGAUUUGUCUUGGUAUUCUUCUCCGCCAUUGGUUUCUGCACACAUUCUUCUGCACAUUAUUCAACUCUUCAGGCAGGAACGUCUGAUUCAAACUAUGAUGGUGGUGGCUCUAAUAUUAGUGCCUUUUCUAGAUUCAACAAGUAUAUUAUGCAGUCUUACUACGAAAAAUAUGAAACCUUAUUCGAUUCAGAUUUCGAAGAUUUUGUAGCACAAGAGCUUCCUUUUGGUUUGUGUGAGGUGCUGCCACAUGAUCUGAGUUUUGUUGUUAGACCCUCAAUCUUGCACCGCAAUUUGAUAGGCAGAGGUUCGCAUCGUCAUCUCACCUCAUCCAUUAGAGUUAACAUCAAACGAGAGCCCAUACAUGAGCUACCAACUCACCAUUGUGAGCUCAUAAUCAUUGAGAGACUGCCAUCUGGGGUAUUUGCGGAUCCAUUUGAGCUUCAACAUCUCCUUCAGCGUGGCGCAUAUAGCGCUAUAGCUGUGUUUGGAGAUGCGAAUUUGGAACUGCCUUCAUUUCUUUCCAAUCGUACUGCUGUUGAGGUUCACAUGGAUAUUGGUCAUAAUUUCUUGCUGAGGCACGACAAAGAGUCUAACAUCAACAUAGAGCUUCCAUUGCAUGCACGAUAUCCACCUCUAGAUGAAAGCGGCUACUGGGAAGUCAAAUUUGGUAUGCCGGAUUUGUUCAUGCGUUGUAGCAUGGAGGGAACUUCACAAAAUCAAAGCUGUUUGUAUAAGAUGCCAGAGAUCAAUGGUUCUGAAUUAGGAUACGCUAAACUUGUCUGGAAAAUCCCUUCUGGGAUGAAGGCGCAUGCUGGAAUCGUAUCCACUCUCACGUUCGUUGCAGCCUUAAUUUCGGCUAUUGCAAUUGCUGCUACAUCCAUUUUUCAUUCAGGCGUUGCUUCCGGCAAACAUUUGAAAGAAUCUUAAUUCAUUAAACAUGUAUGUUGCUUUACCGUCAUUUAGCAUUCAUUUAUAUGAAUUGGCUUUCAUAA